AUGGAAGAUGCACAUUUUUUCAAAGGGAUGAAGAAGCUGCUGGAGGUUUGGUUCUCCAGGCAGCAACCUGACGCAAACCAAGGAUCUGGGGAUCUUCGCACUAUCCCCGGUACUCGUAGCAUGUUUGUCUCCAAGAGACGUUUCAUUUUGAAGACCUGUGGUACCACCCUCUUGCUGAAAGCACUGAUUCCCCUGUUGAAGUUUGCUAGGGAUUACAGUGGGUUUGACUCAAUUCAAAGGUUCUUUUAUUCUAGUAAGAAUUUCAUGAAGCCUUCUCACCAAGGGUACCCACACCGGAAUUUCCAGGAAGAAAUAGAAUUUCUAAAUUCAAUUUUCCCAAAUGGAGCAGCAUAUUGUAUGGGACGUAUGAAUUCUGACUGUUGGUACUUAUAUACUCUGGAUUUCCCAGACAUUCGAGUAAUCAGUCAGCCAGAUCAAACCCUGGAAAUUCUGAUGAGUGAGCUUGGCCCAGCAGUUAUGGACCAGUUCUACAUGAAAGAUGGUGUUACUGCAAAGGAUGUCACUCGUGAGAGUGGAAUUGGUGACCUGAUACCAGGGUCUGUCAUCGAUGCCACAUUGUUCAAUCCUUGUGGGUAUUCAAUGAAUGGAAUGAAAUCUGAUGGAACUUAUUGGACUAUUCACAUCACUCCAGAACCAGAAUUUUCUUAUGUUAGCUUUGAAACAAACUUAAGUCAGACCUCCUAUGAUGACCUGAACAGGAAAGUUAUGGAAGUCUUCAAGCCAGGAAAAUCUGUAACCACCUUGUUUGUUAAUCAGAGUUCUAAGUGUCGCACAGUGCUUUCUUCACCCCAGAAGAUUGAAGGCUUUAAACGUCUUGAUUGUCAGAGUGCUAUGUUCAAUGAUUACAAUUUUGUUUUUACCAGUUUUGCUAAGAAGCAGCAACAACAGCAGAGUUGAUUAAGAAAAAUGAAGAAAAAACGCAAAAAGAGAACACAUGUAGAAGGCGGUGGCUGCUUUCUAGAUGUUAAUACUGGGGGCCAUGCUUUCCAUAACCACCACCUUGUAGUUGCAGAAAG